AUGAUCCCGAUGUUAACAUUGUUGUUAGUUGUUGUGGCCUUCAUUGUUGUGUGGUUGGCCUUCGUUGUUGUGGCGUCUAUGGGCCAGUCUGUCCCAAUAGUCAACACUCCCUUAGGUCCCGUCAGAGGCGUGGUUGUACCGGUCCUCGGACAGGACGUCCUACAAUUCCGUAACAUCCCGUAUGCCAAACCUCCCGUAGGUAAACUCCGAUUUGAAAAGCCUGUUCCCGUAGAACAGUGGACAGACACUCUAGACGGCACUAAAUUUGGACCGUCCUGUAUCCAGGAUACCAACUUUUUGCCAGAGAUGUGGGAUAAGCUAGAAAAUAAGGAAACAUCAGAAGAUUGUUUACAUUUAAAUGUAUAUGUUCCAGAAUCUGCUUCGCCCAAAGUUAAGAAACCGGUGAUGGUCUGGAUUCACUUCGGGGCUUUUGUUGGUGGUUCUGCUGCUCUGUACGAUUCUUCGUACUUUGUUCUGAAAGAUGUAGUAGUAGUGACCAUUCAGUACCGUGUUGGGCUGUUUGGAUUCUUAAGUUCAGGAGAUUCCAAACUUCCAGGCAACUACGGACUCUGGGACAUGAUCGAAGCGUUAAGAUGGGUGAACAAAAGCAUAGCAUCCUUUGGAGGUGAUCCGAACAUGGUUACCAUUUUUGGGGAGUCGGCAGGAGCCUUUGCUGUUUCUUUCUUGUCUCUUAUUCCAUUGACUGAAGGGUUAUUCCAGAGGGCUAUCGCUCAGAGCGGAAGCACAGCAGGUCCUUUAUUUUUAAGCGAGAACCCAAUGAAAAUUACGGAGAAAGUUGGUAGUCAUGUUGGAUGUAUCACCAACUCAUCCAUUGACAACGAGGCUCUGGUAAGUUGUCUGAAGACAAAAUCUGCUGAAGAUUUGCUCAUAGCGCAAUUAGACCCCGCGACUUUGCACUCCGGUGGUUUCUCUAUGUCCGUUCAUCUCUGGCCAGUCGUAGAUGAUGAUCUAAUUGUAAGGAGACCUAUGGAAAGCUUAAAAGAUCCCAGUUCCAAGGAAUUCCAACGCUUUCAAUCUGUGGAUUUGAUAGCAGGAACUACAGACAAUGAAGCUUCGCUGCUUCCGUUUAUACUUUUCCACUUGCAGGAGCCCAUGAACUUCCAACUGUCUGAAGGUAUACCUACCUCUGUGUUGUGUGACCUAUUCGCACCAGCGAUAGCCAGAGACAAGUAUGAAGACAAUACUGUCGUGUCCGACAUGAUAUGUGAAAGAUAUAAGGAGGACAAUUUAGUGGACCAGUCUAGAAGUCUCGCGGCUUUGUACGGUGACUUACAAUUUGUCGCUCCAACAGUGUCUCUUCUUGACUUUCAUUCAGAAGGGAAAACGGAUUCCAACACCUACCAUUACUUGUUCACACAAGAAAUCCACUUUUCCUUUCUUACGCCAAGUUUCCCCUGGUCUAAGGGUGCAGAUCAUGCCGUGGAUUGUCUGUUCAUGUUCGGUCCAUCAGGGAUUAGUGAUGACGAAUCCUUACAAAGUACGGCAGCGAUAUCACUAAGAGACACGGUCGUAUCCUAUUGGACUAACUUCGCCAAAACAGGAAACCCAAAUGGUCCCAGUUUGAUUCCGUGGAAGACAUUCAGUAAUAGAGGGCGCUACUACAUGGAUUUGAAGGUCGAUCCAGAACUAGGUCAAGAUCUAUACCAAGAGCGCAUCAAGUUUCUACGGGAAGACAUUCCAAAUAGAAUCCGACAAAGUCACAAAACUGAAUUAAACCACCAUGAUCCCGAUGUUAACAUUGUGGUUGGCCUUCGUUGUUGUGGCGUCUAUGAGCCAGUCUGUCCCAAUAGUCAAAUUGUGGUUGGCCUUCGUUGUUGUGGCGUCUAUGGGCCAGUCUGUCCCAAUAGUCAACACUCCCUUAGGUCCCGUCAGAGGCGUGGUUGUACCGGUUGUGGUUGGCCUUCGUUGACAGGGCCAAUCGUCCCAAUACAAUUCCCGUCAACAUCCCGGACAGGACGUACAAUGCCAACAUCCCGUAUUCCCGUAGGUAAACUCCUAUUUGAGAAGCCUGUUCCCGUAGAACCGUGGACAGACACUCUAGACGGCACUAAAUUUGGACCGUCCUGUAUCCAGGAUACCAACGUUUUGCCAGAGAUGUGGGAUAAGCUAGAAAAUAAGGAAACAUCAGAAGAUUGUUUACAUUUAAAUGUAUAUGUUCCAGAAUCUGCUUCGCCCAAAGUUAAGAAACCGGUAAUGGUCUGGAUUCACUUCGGGGCUUUUGUUGGUGGCUCUGCUGCUCUGUUCGAUUCUUCGUACUUUGUUCUGAAAGAUGUAGUAGUAGUGACCAUUCAGUACCGUGUUGGGCUGUUUGGAUUCUUAAGUUCAGGAGAUUCCAAACUUCCAGGCAACUACGGACUCUGGGACAUGAUCGAAGCGUUAAGAUGGGUGAACAAAAGCAUAGCAGCCUUUGGAGGUGAUCCGAACAUGGUUACCAUUUUUGGGGAGUCGGCAGGAGGCUUUGCUGUUUCUUUCUUGUCUCUUAUUCCAUUGACUGAAGGGUUAUUCCAGAGGGCUAUCGCUCAGAGCGGAAGCACAGCAGGUCCUUUAUUUUUAAGCGAGAACCCAAUGAAAAUUACGGAGAAAGUUGGUAGUCAUGUUGGAUGUAUCACCAACUCAUCCAUUGACAACGAGGCUCUUGUAAGUUGUCUGAAGACAAAAUCUGCUGAAGAUUUGCUUAUAGCGCAAUUAGACCCCGCGACUUUGCACUCCGGUGGUUUCUCUAUGUCCGUUCAUCUCUGGCCAGUCGUAGAUGAUGAUCUAAUUGUAAGGAGACCUAUGGAAAGCUUAAAAGAUCCCAGUUCCAAGGAAUUCCAACGCUUUCAAUCUGUGGAUUUGAUAGCAGGAACUACAGACAAUGAAGCUUCGCUGCUUCCGUUUAUACUUUUCCACUUGCAGGAGCCCAUGAACUUCCAACUGUCUGAAGGUAUACCUACCUCUGUGUUGUGUGACCUAUUCGCACCAGCGAUAGCCAGAGACAAGUAUGAAGACAAUACUGUCGUGUCCGACAUGAUAUGUGAAAGAUAUAAGGAGGACAAUUUAGUGGACCAGUCUAGAAGUCUCGCGGCUUUGUACGGUGACUUACAAUUUGUCGCUCCAACAGUGUCUCUUCUUGACUUUCAUUCAGAAGGGAAAACGGAUUCCAACACCUACCAUUACUUGUUCACACAAGAAAUCCACUUUUCCUUUCUUACGCCAAGUUUCCCCUGGUCUAAGGGUGCAGGUCAUGCCGUAGACUGUCUGUUCAUGUUCGGUCCAUCAGGGAUUAGUGAUGACGAAUCCUUACAAAGUACGGCAGCGAUAUCACUAAGAGACACGGUCGUAUCCUACUGGACUAACUUCGCCAAAACAGGAAACCCAAAUGGUCCCGGUUUGAUUCCAUGGAAGACAUUCAGUAAUAGAGGGCGCUACUACAUGGAUUUGAAGGUCGAUCCAGAACUAGGUCAAGAUCUAUACCAAGAGCGCAUCAAGUUUCUACGGGAAGACAUUCCAAAUAGAAUCCGACAAAGUCACAAGACUGAAUUGUAGUACACAAAGGUGUUUCAGUGAGGUGUGAUUCUAGUGAUAGACAUGAUUUUGUAAUCUAUUAGACUGUAUGCAUUGCAGAUCUUGGAGACUAGUGUGUAAUCAGUAAUCAGGAACAAGGACCAUAGGGUCACAAGGCAGGGAGUCAUGUGAUAUAGGGUUCCAAUCAAAUAUCAGGGACUAGGACCGUAGGGUCACAAGGCUGGGAGGUAUGUGAUAUAGGGUCCAAGCAAAUAUCAGGGACUAGGGCCGUAGAGUUACAAGGCAGGGGUUCUUGUGAUAAAGGAUCCGAAUUAGUGAUCAGGAAUUAGGACCAUAGGGUCACAAGACUGAGAUUUAUGUGAUGUAGGGUCCCAAUCAAUUAUCAGGGACAAGGACCGUAGGGUCACAAGGCAGGAAGUCAUGUGAUAUAGGGUCCCAAUCAAAUAUCAGGGACUAGGACCGUAGAGUCACAAGGCUGGGAUUCUUGUGAUAAAGGAUCCGAAUCAGUGAUCAGGAAUAUUUGGGAGUUAAGUAAUAAAAAGUC